UGCGGACUGCUCUAACGCGAGAAGGCAACGGAAAUCAAUUAGCAAUAAAAUUGCAAAAUCAAACGUCAAAAUGUCCUUUGGGAAUAUGCAGCAUCAGCAGCAACAUCCGUUGCUGUCAGCCAUUUCCGGCAAUAAUUAUGCCGGCACACAGCGUGCGCAUUACCCAUCAUGGCACCAACACUCGCAUCAACUACGCCAAAAUCCCUAUCUGCAACAGUCGCAUGGACGUCCCGGACAGCUGUUGGCCGCUGCUAGCAACCACAACGGUGCUUAUGCCAGCACAGCCAGCGGCCACUCUGGCUAUGGCAUAGAGCCAUCGGUGGAGUAUGAGUUGCAACAGACGCCACCAUCGGGCAGCUACUCAUCGUAUCAUCCCAGCAGCAGCGGUGGCGGUGAUAGCGGUCCGCCCGCAUAUCCGCCACCGCAUCACCAUCAGCAUCAUCAUCAUCAGCAGCAGGCACCGAAAUCAGCGCCAACAACAUCGGCUUCUAAGAAGAAGAAAAAGAGUUCGGGUUCGGUGAUGUCGGCGCUGACGUUGCUCUCGUUCUUCUUUUUUGUGAACAUGCUGCAGAGCUGCAUCAAGGAGCACAUCACCGACAUGAAUCCCACGGUAAUGGUUCUCACAUCGAGCGGCAGUCGCAAUCGUUUCAAUAAAUUAGCUGAAAUGAACUCACGCGAACAGACCUCAUCGCCAGCAUCCACCACGGCAUCGGCAUCGGCAUCAGCAUCUUGGCAAUUGGGUGCUAUUGCCAGCUCGGCUGUGGUGCCCGUCAUUGUUACGCCCGCUGUGACGCUGCAUACGCCGUAUAGUAGCGGACUUGUGACUAAUAAGCCGCCAGUCUCGCAGUCGCAUUCGUAUCAACAGCAAUCACCGCCACAUCAUCAUCAACAUCAUCAUCCUGAUGAUGAUUAUAAUUACGGACAUCACACACCAUACUCCGGAUCGCCCUCAUCUGCUGAUUUCUAUCCUAAUCGCACACACAUUGACCAAUCGUUGCGCCCCGACUCUGACUAUUAUCAUCAUCAUCAGCAGCAGCAGCAGCAGCAGGAACAUCCACCGUAUUAUCCCGAAAGGGACCGGCAUCAGUUAACUUACAUGGACAACGGCUAUGCCUGGUCCUACAGCCCCAAUGGCAAUUCGCAUUCGCAGUCGCAGUCACCGUUUCAUACGCAAUCGCAUUCACAGUUGCCGUCGCCGCUGUUGUUGCAUUCACAUUCACAUUCACAUUCACAGUCGCAUGCAGCUGGCAGCAAACGUUACUCAUCUUCAGCUUCGUUGGGCGCUCAGUCGGCCGUGAGCUCUUACUCGGAUAAUGCGCGGUAUAGGCAAGACUAUGCUGAUGAUAAUGAUCAACGUUACAACAUCAAUGACCAGCGUCAUAAUGAUGAUAGCGCUGCAGCUGAGCAGCGUCGACGCGUUGAUGAUUUCUACACGCACAAUAAUAAUUGAAUGCGAGCAAGUGCAGCGCACAAAUGUAUGCUACACUUUUUUCACUCUCCUGCAAUUUUCCAUUUGCA